UACAAAAAUACAAUUAUUUCCAUUCAGUCAACGAAAUCGAGCGGUUGGGCCGUUGGGAAUUAAGCUUUAAAAUGGCAAAUAUUUGGGUGCGGUUCCUGGUCGGAGGACUCGCCUUGCUGGCGGCCAUCGGAUAUAAGAACUAUCUGGAUCUGCACGCUCCGGGCAAGAGACCCGAUCUGGACAAUAAGGCCUUCUGGGGACCAAAGUCAAGGGAGUCGGUGAAGGAGGCCACGGUCAUUUUGCCUUUUGACAUUAGCGUGAAGCCAGAGAUAAUUGAAGAUCUGAAGAACCAAUUAAGCCGCCCCUUGAAAGCCCAGGAGCCCCUGGAAGGAGUCGGCUUUGAAUAUGGCUUCAAUUCCAAGGAGCUUGCCAAGGUGGUGAAAUACUGGAGGGAUACCUAUCUGGCCAAUUGGGACAAGAGGGAGCAGUAUCUUAAGAAAUUCGACCACUUCCGAACCGAGAUCCAAGGCUUGCAAAUUCACUUUAUUCAUGCCAAGCCCACCCAAGUGAAGGGCCAGGCCCCCAAGAAGGUUCUGCCCCUGCUCCUCAUGCACGGCUGGCCCGGAACCGUUCGGGAGUUCUACGACUUCAUACCACUGUUGACCACUCCCAGUGACAAGAGCGACUACGUCUUUGAGGUGAUUGCUCCCAGCCUGCCGGGCUAUGGAUGGUCUCAGGGCUCUUCUAAAACUGGAUUCGGAGUGGCCCAAGUGGCGGUGGUCAUGCGUAACCUGAUGCUUCGCCUGGGCUUCGAGAAGUUCCUGGUUCAGGGCGGAGAUUGGGGAUCCCUUAUUGGUUCCAAUUUGGCUUCAUUAUUCCCGGAGAACGUGCUAGGCUACCACUCCAACAUGUGCACGAACAACAGCCCCUUGGCGAGCAUUAAGUUGGUGUUGGCCUCCGUCUUCCCCAGCUGGUUUGUAGACUCCCAGUACAGCGAUUUCUACAAGGGAUUAGGUGAUUUAUUUGGCACCAUUCUGGAGGAGAUGGGCUAUGCCCAUAUCCAGGCCUCCAAGCCCGACACCAUCGGCAAUGCCCUGAUCGACAACCCAGUAGGCUUGGCUUCCUACAUACUCGAGAAGUUCUCCACUUGGACGAACACCGAGUACCGAAAGCUUCCCGACGGCGGACUCACCAAGAGGUUCACCUACGACCAGCUCCUGGACAACGUGAUGAUCUACUAUGUGACCAAUUCCAUUACCACCUCCAUGCGCCUAUACUCCGAGUCGAUGAUCACAAAGCAGAUGUCUUUGAAUGUGGAUUCGCUGCCCAUCCAGGCCAAGGCCGGCUGCACCCACUUCAUCAAUGAAAUCACCCACGUCCCGGAGGCUGCGCUGACCAACAAGUUCCCGAAUCUGGUGCACAAUACCCACCACCGGGACGGAGGACACUUCCCGGCCUUUGAACUGCCCCAGCAACUCUACGAAGACUUUGUUGCUUUUGUCAAGAAGGCUGACUUGUAAAAAUUCCAUUAUUGGCUAACGAUUAUUUUAAGGAAUUUAUAAAUGUAUCAUUUUUGAUUUAAAGAAUGGUGAUGUCUGUUGUGAAAUAAAAAAUAUUAAAAAAUAGA